UUCACUUAUGGGGCAGAGGGGGGGAUCUAUGGGUCGCAGUUGUCUCACUUAUGGGGCAGCCUCUCCCCACAGCUCCCAUCCUCCCUGCGGUGCCCCCCAUCACACCUCCUCCUGCCCCACGGCGCCGCCGCCGGCGCCGCCGCCUGCCCCAUAGCGACCCCGAACCGCAGCUGCCCCAGGCCCAGUUCCAGGCCCAGCUCCAGCAGCCCCAGAUCCACUGCCAGCCCCUGGUGCUGCCUGAGCCCCCCAAGAGGCGCCGCUGGACCCCAAAGCAGCUGCUGGAGACCCCGACCUGUGGGUGGCUGCCCCCCAAUCUCUGGGCCCUAUGGAAUCGCUGCCGGCGCCUGCCCCACAUCGAGGCCCCUCCAGCCCCCCCCGAGCUGCCCAGUGAGGUGGAGGUGCUGAGGGAGGCGCUGGAGCCAAGUCUGCCCCCACUGCCCUCCUCGGAGGUGUCCCUGGAGGUGUCAGAGGAGGAGCCUCGGCCCCGUCUGUUGACCCCCGAGGAGCGGCGGUGA